AUGAAAAUACACGUUGAAAUCUUCAAGACUUUGCGAAUAUUAAGUUGUAGAGUCAAAGUAAAUCCCUUUUGGAGACCAUCAAUCAUUACCGCAAUGGAGAAAACGGACAUACAGAGUGCUUUUGUGACAUCGUUGAUCAGCGGGGGAGCAGCAGGUACAGCCACAGAUUUGGCUUUUUUCCCCAUCGACACUCUCAAGACACGACUUCAAGCCAAGGGUGGGUUCUUUCACAAUGGAGGGUUCAGAGGUCUUUAUAAAGGUCUAGGAAGUGCAGUAAUUGCUUCUGCGCCUUCUGCAUCGCUGUUUUUUAUUACUUAUGAUACUAGUAAAUCUUUUCUAAAGAAUGAAUUACCCUUGUAUCUUCCCAAUUUGGAAAAAGGUACUUCAACUCAUUUGUCCCAUAUGAUUGCAGCCUCCUUAGGUGAAAUAGCAGCAUGCCUAGUUCGGGUACCGGCAGAAGUUAUUAAACAACGUACUCAGUCUCUACAGUUUAACUCUUCCUUAGAAUCUUUCAAAUACAUCAUUACUAACCAAUCAGGUGAAGGUGUGUUUCAAGGUUUAUAUAGGGGCUGGGGGACAACAAUCAUGCGUGAAAUACCGUUUACCGUGAUUCAAUUCCCGCUGUAUGAACACAUGAAGUCGAUUUGGGCACAGUAUCAAGGAGUUGAGAGGGUUUCUCCGUUGCAAGGUGCAUUGUGCGGUUCAAUUGCAGGGGGUAUUGCUGCAGCAUCAACUACACCAUUGGAUGUCCUGAAGACCAGAUUGAUGCUAAGCAAGGAAAGAAUUGGUGUUUUCAAAUUGGCAAGAAACAUCGUCUCUGAAGAAGGAUACAGAGUUUUGUUUAGCGGCAUUGGCCCAAGAACUAUGUGGAUCAGUGCUGGUGGGGCAAUCUUCCUUGGUGUGUAUGAGUUUGUGAGCACAUCAAUCUCCAAUGGGGAGAAACUGAAGUUGUGA